GUUUCAGUCCGGACAUGUAUUUUAAGCGCACUGUUUACGUUCAUGCCGUGGAUCUGUCUGUUCGCUCCGGAGACAAAAUAUACUAAUGUUUCUUCUUUAACAUGUAUUCUCACGGAUCUGAAAGUUUAAUAAAACAGGCAAGGGAUAUUCAGGAGUCUGAGCUGCAGAAGUUUUACAGUAGACUGUUAAAACUGCUACAGGGGAAGGAUCUCGGACAUGAAGCUGUGGACUCAUUACAAAGAUUGCACCUUAUCCUGUCAGCCACAAAGUUCACCAGGAAAUUGCCUUUAGAGCUUCACAAAAAGAUUUUCUCCCUCAUCUCCUCACCUUCAGAGCAGUUUCAGAUCCUGGGCUCAUCUGUCCUUAGAGAAACACUGCCACUGUCUGAUCAAGAUGUGAACUACAUCCAAAAUAACCCAAGUGUUUUGAAUAGCCAUGUCACUGGUCUGCUGCUUGCACAUGCCAGCUACACAACUGUCCUGACACUUUUCUGUGCUCAGCUUGUGCGCAGUCUGGAAAGUCGACAUUCAGAAGCAUUAUCUCACUCACAAACAUACACUUUGCCAAUCCUUAAUAGCAUUCUGACACAUCGGCCUGAAUGCUUAACAGAAGAGCAAGUGACUAUCCUGAGUAAAAAGCUUGUGGAUUGGCUGCGCUACGCCAGCAUCACUCAGGCAGCUUCCCCUGGUGGAUUUUUCUCUGGGAGUCGGUCUAGACAGCCUUGCCCUAUUGCAGAGUUGGAUGGAACUGUGUCUGGAGACUUUUUUACAGUGUUGUGUGUGGGCCAGGGUUUCACUGAGGACCAGUGGAUGAAUGUCCACUCUUUCUCAAUAUUACGCAACUGGCUUCUCACUUACCACUCUGUUUCCAAUUGCAACAGUGCCUCAGACGCAGCAGCAGCCAGGCUACAGUACAGCCUCUCGCUAUCCCACUCACACUCUCUCUCCAAUGAUGAUCGCUCUGUGGAUGGGUCUGUUAUCUCCAUAGUUUCAGCCACGUCGUCCUCCAGUCGCGUCCUUCCUCCAAAAGAGCGUCUAAGAGAGAAAUCUUUCCAGUACUGUCAACGCCUCAUAGAACAGAGCGACCGCAAGGCCCAAAAAAAGGCAGACAGUGAUUUACAAAAAGCUUGCCUUGUGGAAGCAGUGUGUAUCCUGGACACCUUAUGUUUAGAGGACUGCUCGCUGGUUUACCGCGCGUUCCCGUGUAUAAAGGCUCUUUACGGCCGCCUCAGCUCUGACUUAUCCCACGCCAGGGUCCUGUUACCAGUCGCACAGUUCUACCUCAACCAUGGUGAGAUGGCAGCAGUGGACUGUGAGUGCAUGUGGCAGCUGGUGUUUAGUCGUUUUCCUGCUGAACUUUUCAAUGACCCUCUACUGGCCCACGAGUUUCUGCGAUUCGUUCGACAAAAUAUCCAAAAUCUGCCAGUCAAAGUACCACAGUACACUAGAUCAUUCCCAAACCUGCUCAAGUUCUUGGCCUGGGACAGUCCAGCAAUGAUAGAUGACUUUGUAGAUUUGCUGCCCUCUGUGGUAACUACUGGAACUGCACUGGAGCUGUUGCAUACUCUGCUCGACCUGCCUUGCCUUUCUGCCACACUAGUCCUACAACAAAGGUCUGUCCUGUUUCCUAUAACUGAACCAAACACUCGUUGUAUUAAGGCCCUGGAUGCCUUUAGAAAUCCCACUUUCCGAGGUUUUUUUCUGUUCCUGCUCAGAAACGAGGCAGGCUCAGGAGAUACUAUUGACCGACUGAGCGUCCUGCAUGAGCUUCUGAUCGAGUCUGCUGAUUGGCCGAGAGUGGUGCAGUGUGCGCAGACUGUUCCUGUGCUGCUGCAUAUAUUUUUCAACACAGUUUUAAAGGUGGCGGAUGAAAAGCUUUUAGCCCAGUUGAUUCUGGUGCAGCUGGAAAGAAGCAGUCUCCUCCUUAAAGUUCCCAACUACAUGAAUGAAAUUCAUAGGGUGUUUAGCUACCACCUGCUGAAACUAUGUAAACUCCACCCUUCCCUCGUGGUCGACCAAUCACAUGAGCUUCUGGAUUUUGCUGGAACCACAUCCAAUGUCUACAACAAAGAAGAACUUUACACUCAUGUUGUGUGGGUGCUCGGGGAGUACCUCUCUCUUUCUUGUGACUCCCGCUGUUCUGUUAGACAUAUCACUUCUUGUUUUGAGGCGCUGGAAGCUGUGCUGUUUGAGAUCACUUCCUCUGCCCCACCUCCAGGGGGCAUGUGUCCCAACCCCAGAGUCAUUACAACUCUGAUGAGCGCUCUUGCUAAAUUAGCAUCAAGGUCCCAUGACCUUAUCCCAAGGGUUUCUCUGUUCCUCUCUAAACUGCGGACUGUUUCCAGAAGCGGCUCGGUGGCCUGGUGCUCAGAUGAUGAUGACCUGGUUGCCAUAGUAACAAGAGGGGAGGAGCUAUGGUCAUUGUUGAAAACCCCUGGUGUAGCACAGAGCGUCCUGACUCCACCUCCUCAUGUCACAAAACCACAGUGGCACAAAGACAGUAAUGUGGCCAUGCCUCUGCGACUGCAGACCCUCACCAGCCUCAUGCAGCCGCAGUAAGACUCUGCUCUGCCUCCCUGUGGCGCCUCGCUGUGGCGCCUCGCUGUGGCGCUUCCCUGUGGCGCUUCCCUGUGGCGCCUCGCUGUGGCGCCUCACUGUGGUGUUUCACUGUGGUGCUUCACUGUGGUGCUUCACUGUGGUGUUUCACUGUGGUGUUUCACUGUGGCGCUUCACUGUGGUGUUUCACUGUGGUGCACUUUUUUGAAGGAAAUGAACCAAAUCAAUCUUAUGUCAAAUCUGUUUUUGAAUAUGAAUUAUGAUGACACACAAAUACAAAGAACAAAGUCAUCAUUGUGUACACUUUUAAUACAGUAUUUGUAUUACAAUGUCAAAAUUAUGUAUUACAAAAUAGAUCUUUUGAUUAAAAAAUGUCUUCUGAUUAAAA